AUGUACGUUGGAUACCUUUUGGAUAAAGAGGGAAACAUGUAUCACCAAGGACCUGUGCGACGAUCUGGCAUCAGUAUUCCACCACAGAAUUUUGUUUCCACACCUCAGUAUUCAGAUUUUACAGGAUAUCAUCAUGUGCCAAACAUGGACAGUCACGCACAGUCAGCAGGGGCAUGGGGCGCUCCUUAUGGCGCACCGAGAGAGGACUGGGGCGCGUACAGCCUCGGACCUCCAAACACAAUUUCUGCACCUAUGAGCAAUUCAUCACCGGGACAAGUUUCCUAUUGCUCGCCUGAUUAUAACGCCAUGCAUGGUCCGGGGUCAGCAGUGUUACCGCCACCACCUGAAAACCUUUCUGUGGGUCAACUUUCCCCCGAGAGGGAAAGGCGUAAUUCCUAUCAGUGGAUGAGCAAAACUGUCCAGUCGUCAUCAACCGGCAAAACGAGAACGAAGGAAAAAUAUCGAGUUGUAUACACAGACCACCAGAGGCUGGAGCUGGAGAAAGAAUUUCAUUUCAAUCGCUACAUCACAAUCAGAAGAAAAUCAGAACUGGCCGCAAACCUUGGGCUUUCAGAGAGACAGGUGAAGAUCUGGUUCCAAAACCGCAGAGCUAAGGAAAGGAAAUUAAUGAAAAAGAAAUUGGGUCAGUCUGACGGGAGUGGAGGAUCAGUCCACAGCGACCCAGGUUCCGUCAGUCCCCUACCGGUACCAGGCUCACUGAGUCCAUCAGAUAUGCACGGUUCUCUCUACCCACCCCCAGGAAUGAACGCCUUACCACCUAUGAGGAACAUACAGCAAGUUACAGUCACUCAGUGA